UUUUGCAUAUCUAAUGCACGUGUUGUUUCAAUUUGUUUGUAAACAAAAGUGUUCUUAAAUGAAUUUUUAGCUGCAGUCCGACAAAUUAGCUACAAAAUAUGUCACGAAUUAUAGUCAAGCAGCUUCCCAAGCACAUCACCGAGGACAAACUGCGUCAGAUUUUUGGUGCCCAGGGCACGAUAACAGAUCUGCAACUCAAAUACACGCCCGAUGGAAAGUUCCGGCAAUUUUGUUUCGUCGGUUACAGCACCGAGGAGGAGGCCCAAUCGGCCAUCCGGCACUUCGACAACACAUGUAUCCAGACCAGCCGGGUGCGCGUCGAAUCUUGUGCUGCCUUGGGUAGUGAAGAUAAGCCACAAUCAUGGAGCAAGUACGCCAAGGACAGUAAGAAGAACCUAGACAAAUUAAAGGAGAAGGAGAAAGAGGAGGCGGCCAAGGCUAAGGAGUCUGAGAAAAAGAAGAAGAAAGAGAAAGUUGACAAGGUGGAUCAGAUUUUGGGCAGACACAAGGACGAUCCGGAAUUCCAGGAGUUUCUGGAGGCGCAUGACAAGUCGCGAACCCUGUGGGGAAACGAUUUGGGAAUAAAUAGGAACCAGGAGGACGACGAAGGGGACGAAGAAGAGCAGGAGGAAUCUCCAGCUGGCAGAGAUGACAGUGGAGUGGAUGCAGAUGCAGGAGAUGAGGAUGAGGAUGGCUCAGACAAUGAGGCGGACGAGGAAGAAGACACCGCUAAACUGGCCGAGAAACCCAUUAGCGAUCUGGAGUAUAUGAAAUCCCUGAUGGCAACCACUUCCGGCGAUGCUACCGCAAAGAAGCCCAAAACCAAGGCGGACAAAUCAAACCUGGAGCUAUUCACCAUCAAAAUACACAAUGUACCGUACAACACCAAGCGCCAGGAGGUGCUAAAGUUCUUCAAGCCCCUGAAACCGUACUCCGUUCGUCUGCCCAGCAAAGUUCACGGCUUCUGCUACGUGGGUUUCAAAACUGAAAAAGACAUGGCCAAGGGAAUGCUUAAAAACAAGAGUUUUAUCAAGGGCAAGCAAGUAUUCUUCUCCGACUUUACCGAGAAGAACAAGGUGACCAAGGCGAACAAAAGUGGACAACCAUUGGCACCAGCCGCCGUCGAUGCGGGCAAUGCGAAGUGGAAGCAUCAGCAGGACAGUUUAUCCAAAGAAGAUGACAUCUCCGAGUCCGGUAGGAUAUUCUUUCGUAAUCUGGCCUACACUACUACCGAAGAGGACCUGCGCAAGCUUUUUGAGCAGUUUGGUCCGGUGGUGGAAGUAAACCUGCCCCUCGACAAGCUUACACGGAAAAUCAAGGGCUUUGGCACAGUUACCUACAUGAUGCCGGAGCACGCUUUAAAGGCUUUUAAUGCCCUGGAUGGCACGGAUUUCCAUGGCCGUCUCUUGCACCUCCUGCCUUGUAAGGACAUCGAAAAGGAUCCUAAGGAAGAUUUGGACGAAAACGAUGCCAGUCUGUCAUUCAAAGAAAAGAAAGCCUUGAAACUUAAGAAGAACGCGCAAAAGCCAAUUGGCUGGAACACAUUGUUUCUGGGUGCUAAUGCAGUUGCAGAAAUUCUCGCUAAGCAAUUUAAGACCUCAAAGGAACGCAUUCUAGACACCAGCGAUGGUGGCAGUAGUGCCGCCGUGCGCUUGGCUUUGGGAGAAACCCAAGUCGUCAUCGAAAUGAAGCGCUUCCUGGAGGAAGAAGGCGUACGUCUUGAUGCUUUUGACGAGCCCGCCAAGAAACGCUCCAACAGUGUUAUACUGGCCAAGAAUCUGCCGGCGGCCACCGACAUUUCAGAGCUUACCCCCAUCUUUAGUCGAUUUGGCCCAAUUGGCCGGAUUGUGCUUCCUCCCAGUGGCGUUACGGCACUCAUCGAGUACUGUGAUCCUUUGGAGGCAAGGCAAGCUUUCAAGAAGUUGGCCUACAGCAAAUUCAAGAAUGCCCCACUUUAUUUGGAGUGGGCUCCCGAGCAGGUAUUCUCCAAGACGCUUAGUGGAGAACCAGUGAUUCCCAAAUCGAAACCGAAACCCAAGGAGGAGCCAAAGCCAGAGGAGAAACCGAUUGUUAUUGAUGAGAAAGCUGAGGAGGAUACUAGGGCAGAGGAUGCCGAUGAUGAACCCGAACCGAAUACAACACUGUUUCUACGGAACCUUAACUUUAAGACCGUACAGGAAACCGUGGAGAAACACUUCCGCCAUUUGGGCAGCAUUCACACCGUGGAAAUUGCCAAACGAAGGAAUCCCGAAAAUCCCCGGGAAUUCAACUCCCUAGGCUACGGUUUCAUUCAGUUCAAGAAGUCCUCAGUGGCAGAGCACGCUUUGAAGAAUUUGCAACUCACACACAUUGAUGGCAAUCCUGUGGAACUGAAGCGCAGCGAUCGGGUGCUCAAGACCCAAGAUAAUGAAGGUGCUCAACGUCGACUGGCCUCUCAGAAGAAGCAAACGGGAACCAAAAUUCUGGUGCGAAAUAUUCCCUUCCAAGCACAAUACCGCGAAGUUCGAGACAUAUUCAAAGCUUUUGGCGAACUGCGCUCUUUACGUAUUCCCAAAAAGGCCACCACGGGCGAGGACUCGCAUCGUGGUUUCGGUUUUGUUGACUACAUGUCCAAGGCAGAGGCAAAACGCGCCUUCGACGCCCUAAGCGCCAGUACGCAUCUUUACGGUCGUCGUUUGGUACUUGAGUGGAGCGCCAAUGAUGACAACCAGGACGUGGAGGAGCUUCGCAAGCGGACGGCGGCCAAAUUCGGCAGCAGUCAGGCGGCCGAUGGGGCCAAACGCAGUAGAAAGUCCUUCUUCGAUGUGGAGGGCAGUGUUCAGCCAAAUCAAGAUGAGGACGAUGAAGAGGAGCAAUAGUGCUAAGACGUAGCGUGAAAAUGUAGAAAGAACACGAUAUAAUAAAUACAAUUGUUAUAUUUUAA